AUGGAACCCGCGACUUCAAAACACACUGUCUUCGAGGAAUUGCGGAAUUUCCGCUCGAAGAUACCGAGGGAUAAGCUGCGUAACUGGGAGCGCCCUGAGGGAUGGGAAGCUGUUCGCAAGUUCACACAAGACUGGGCGAUUAUCCUCGCUAGUCAUCGCAUCUUCACAUAUCAUCCAUCCGUCUUGACUUUCGUUGCGGCAGCAUUUCUCAUGGCUUGGGGACAGAGAGGUAUAGCAUGCGUCGGGCAUGAUGCGAUACAUGGGAAUUUGGCCUCUCACAGGAAAGUCAACGAUGUCAUCACCAACAUCUUCCUCGCGCCUCCAUUGCUGAGCACUGCGACGUCGCAACGAAAACAACACAGCUUGCAUCAUCACCUUCUUGGCACAAAAGAGGACCCGGAUCAUGGCGAAGACAAUGAGACUAGCCUCAAACACUGCCGCAUGGGCAAGGUUGGGCAAAUGAACAUGUUUUCUCUCUUUCUGAUAGAUGUUAUUGAUCCUCCAUUUUGGUCUACUUACGCUCUAGCCGAUCUCAAGGACGCCUUUGUUCCACUUACCCUUUGGUGGACCAUUGUGUACUUUCUCUCCUUGUGGCUUUUGGAACCAGCGGAGGCCAUCUUCACUAUUGGCUCCAUACGCAUCAGCUCAUUUGUGAUACUAUUCCACACAGCGCGUUGUACCGUUAGUUACUGCUGCUACGUGUUCCGCGAGAUCAUCGAUCAUGGCGGCUUGGAUCCCAAAUCUGGCGUUCUUCAGUUCGGCCGUGUUACCCCCUGGGGUAGCCUCUUCCAGGUAUACUUCCAGCCACAUGAUGAUAAUUACCAUCUUCUCCAUCACGCCCUGCCCAGAAUUCCGAUGAGCAACCUUCGGCCGGCGCACAAAUGGCUCAUGAAAAACUGUGAGGACUACGCCAAGGCAAAUCACUAUGAUACGUAUUUCGAAGGUUCUCAUGCACUCUUUACCGAGCAGCUUUUCGCGUUCACGAAGCCAGGCGUACGGGAGAAUGACUGA